CAGGCGCCCAUGAAGUGGCAGAUCGUGAAUCUGGACAAGCACCAGGCGCUGGUUACAGGCGCUACUCUGCAAGAUUUGCUCUUCAGCGAGGCUGCGCAGGGGCUUGCGCGGCAUCUGUGUGUCUCCACUCUGGCUGUUGACGAAAUCGUCCUUCCGUACCGCGCGGGCGACGUGAUUCGGCUGCAUGGGGUGUCAAUGCGGCUGCAGCAUGCAAAAGUGCAGCGCGCUGCACUACUCGAGCUGCCGGAGGAGAUCUUGCGCGAGGUGCUGGGCCAGGUGGACGAAUUUGUGGAGCUGUUCCUGUUCAGUACCACGUGCCAGACGCUGUGGUACGUCGGGCGGCACAUCAUCUUCGGCCGGCUGUGCGAUCCUAUGGUGACGCGGUCGUGGGCCGGGGACCGGCUUGUUUGUGUGCCAGAUACCGCGAGCCUCCAAGUCCAAGCGGCCGUAUAUCCAGAGCAUCUCCGCCAGCCGCUCGUAAAGGCGCUGAGAAAGGCCGCGCCGGAGCCGCUGCCGCUGGCGGUUAACCCGGACGUGGCGCACCUCAUCUGGACACUCUGGAAUGACUCGGAACGCCGAGUCCGAAUCGCUCACCCGGCCGCGCCACGGGCUUUCCGGGCCGCACUCUCCGACACCGAGACCCUCUGCGCGGCACUCGUCGCCGACUCUGCUAUUCGCCACGCCGCACGCAUCAUAAAGCAGCACACUCAAGGCGUCCUCCGCAAUGUCUCGAAACGGAAAUACAUCCGCGCUGCCGUCGUGGCCCGCUUCGCUGCCUCGCGCGGUAUCACAGACGCCGGCUAUGCGUCGGUGCUCUUGCCGUGGCUCUGCUGGGCGCCGGCCGAGCCCGAUCUCAAGUAUGCGCUCACGGCAGAGGGCAAGAGCCGCGCCUUGCAUAACGGGCAAUGGGCGGGCGACCACUUCGAUGUCCUCCCCGAGGUGAUGUCGCGCGCGUGGACCGCAGGAGGGGAGGCGGAAUCAUGGACGGAUGUUACGGACGAGGCGUUGUCGCUGAUGGAGCGCAUAUGGACCGCGGAGGAGAGUCGGACCGACACGGAUACCUUGCCCGCGUCCCGUCCGGAACAAUGGCAUCAAACCCAACUUCUUGAGGAAAUCAACUAUUUCAUAUAG